GGGCAUUUGAAAGUACGAUGACAUUUGAUGUCAGCUGUCAAAUAGCCCGGGGUAUCACCAUCCGUGAAGCUUACACAGAGUCGAGCCCGCCCCCAUCGAAUUUCCCGUUCGAUUUUGAUGCUUGUCAGAAGGGGUUGUGUAUAAAACGUAUUAACAAAAUGCUUGUUCUAGUUCUGGGCGAUUUACACAUUCCGCAUCGUUGCAGUAGUUUACCAUCGAAAUUUAAGAAACUUCUUGUACCCGGACGUAUUCAUCACAUUCUCUGCACAGGAAAUCUGUGCACAAAAGAAUCCUUUGAUUAUUUGAAAACUCUCGCAAAUGAUGUCCAUAUCGUUCGCGGUGACUUCGACGAGAACCUCAAUUACCCGGAGCAGAAAGUUGUGACCGUGGGACAGUUUCGAAUUGGAUUAUCGCACGGACAUCAGGUUGUUCCUUGGGGUGAUCCAGAAUCACUAGCUUUAAUACAACGUCAGCUUGAUGUGGACAUUCUGAUUUCCGGCCAUACACAUAAAUUUGAAGCAUAUGAACAUGAAAAUAAAUUCUACAUCAAUCCAGGCUCAGCAACUGGCGCUUAUAAUCCGUUGGAUACAUCAAUAAUACCAUCGUUUGUGCUAAUGGACAUACAGAGCACAACUGUUGUUACGUAUGUUUAUCAAUUGAUUGGUGAUGAAGUGAAAGUCGAGAGGAUUGAAUAUAAAAAGAGUUGAAGGGCGACAGUCAGAAGAAGGAUUUUUAUAUGAUGGGCGACUUCAAAGAAGUUUUAAUAAUUGUAACUAUUGAUAAAUCGUCUAUUUAAAUGUUAUUCACACGCCCGCUAAUUCUAUGGAAUAUUUAGCUACAUAUGUAUAAUUUAAGUAAUAUAAUAAAGGUCUCAUUGUAAUGCAGACGAAUAUCA